UUGUUGAUAUAAGAAGGGUUUAAUUUUAGUUUUACGAACUGCUGUGCUGCGUACUGUAGCGGUAGUGCCAAGCUUGAGUGUUGGUAUAUGGACAGUUAUUUGAGUAAUUAUCAAGAUGAUCAGUGUCUCUUUAUACCUCAGAAUGUCACCUUAUAGUUGUGUAAUAGUGAUAGUUAAAGGUUCGUGUUUAAAGUCUAGGAAGGGCGAGAUGUAGUUUUGUUGACAUUUUCACUGUGUCUGCAUCACAUCAGCAAGUGGUGGAUGAAGCUCCUUCAUUGAAGGCACUACAGCCAGUGAUGCCAGUUGAAGGCACUACAGCCAGUGAUGCCAGUUGAAGGCACUACAGCCAGUGAUGCCAGUUGAAGGCACUACAGCCAGUGAUGCCAGUUGAAGGCACUACAGCCAUUGAUGCCAGUUGUAGGUGAUGAAGGCACUACAGCCAGUGAUGCCAGUUGAAGGCACUACAGCCAGUGAUGCCAGUUGAAGGCACUACAGCCAGUGAUGCCAGUUGUAGGUGAUGAAGGCACUACAGCCAGUGAAAAUCAUCAUCGAUUGUGCUUUUAUAUCAACAGGGUCAAAUAGCAGGAUGGAAGAGCAGACUGAAGGUGACAACAAUGAAAUGGUGAUGAGGGUGACAUUUAUCACCAAAGGAUUCAGGUUGAAGGAGGAUGGCCUGGUGGAUCUACAAGACUACGUGAACAGCUAUAUUGAAAUGAACAAAUUCUUCAAGGUCUUAGGACCUUUUUUCCAAUUCAUUGCUCGAGACGUUGGUGUGAAGUUAGCAAUCCUUCAAAAAUAUCUUGACGGAAGUAACAGACAUCACUACUCUACCGUCCAGUCCAUGAUAAAGUACGAGAAAGAGAAGAACCUCCUUACCAGUAGCGACAGAUCAUCUGGGGCAAGAACCUUGUUGAGGGUACAUCGAGCGCUUGACUUUGUCAAAGAUUUUAUUGUAGAAAUACUAAAUAGUUCGGACAGUGAAACCUUUGGGAAGAAAGUUUCUAGCGUCUACACAAAAACUCUAGCCAAGUUCCAUGGACCAAUAUUAGCAAAUACACUUCCAAAAAUUCUCCUCUUGAUGCCCAGUCAUCAAGUCAUCUUGGACAGGCUGUCAAGAGGAAAUACCGCUACAGAAACACAACUUCGUGCAGAACUGCUGGAGCUAGUCACGGCAGUAAAUGUUGUAUAUAACAAGACCCAGCAGAUAUACGAAGAAAAUGAGAUUUUUGAUUUACCCUGAGUCUUGAUGAGGGAGAAACUCGUUAGUUUACCUAUCAAGUUGUUUUUGUCAUGUAUAGUAAUGUCCUUAGAUAACGGGUGCAGUUCUCAGUGCUAUAUCUUAUGUUUUUGUUAGGUUUUGUGAUUGUCGUGUACAUUAUAAUUGUUCCUUUUAUAUUAUGUACUGUAUUAGGAAUAAGUUUAAGGUGUAGUAUAGCACACUUCUGGGCCCCCCUUUCUUAUGGUUCAAUUAAGUUUUAAGUAAUUAUGUUCAAACUAGUCCAAGUAACACUACUGCCACCACAGGCUUUGAACCCACAUUCACUAGAUUGGAAAAUGAGUUUGCUAUCACCCGGCUAAAAAAAUCCUGUUGAAUCUGACCUCCACUGCUGUCAAAAAAGAGGACUUGGGUUGUGGCUGGAAAUGUACCCCUCCCCACUCUUAUUAUGGAAAACUGUCCAUUAAACUAAAUUUGUUUAUACCAGCCUUUAUCUAAUGACACAACUCCAGGCAUAAAUGAAGGCAAUGUAACCCUUUGAGGAGGAUGGUUUAACCCUUUGAGGACAUUGGAUUAAUCUUUUUGAUGAUGAUUUAACCCUUUCCAGAUGAUGGUUUAUCCCUUUGAUGACAAUAGUUUAAACAUUAGAGGACAAUGAUUGAACCCUCCUGGACUCAUGGGGUUAAAACAAAGAUAAAACACUGACAAAUGAAUGGGGUUUUAGUGUUAUGAUUUAUGUGGCAUUCCAUAAUUUCUCCAGCUGUAGUUAAAAAUUAAAUACUCUUUCCUUUGUGAUGUCAGGUCAUUUGAUUAAUCUUACCUCUUGUAGUUUGCAAUGGAGUUCAGGUUAAGUUCCUGAGCUAACAGUGAAAGGUCAGGUUCAAAUGACUUUUAAGCCAUUUGUGAUGGACUGUAGGAACUAGCAGCCUCACUUGCCAUCUGAGUAUUGUGUGUGUGUGUGUAAAUCCUGCACAAGAGAUAUAUUGUACCCCCUGCACAAGAGAUAUAUUGUACCCCCUACAUGAGAGAUAUAUUGUACCCCCUUCCAUGAGACACAUUGUACCCCUGUACAUGGAAAGUAAUAUGCAGUUAUUUUAUUCAUAGUACAGAAUAUGGAGGAGGUAGAAUGCCCCAUUAUCCACCCCACAUGCUGGUAGAUGCAUGUGACAUCAAAUAGGAAAUAAUAUACAGGGAUGAAUUAAUAUAUUUUUCUAUUAAUUAUAGUGAGAGAAUGAAAGGCCGAGUACCUCUAACCCCUUCACUCCGGGGAUGCCUCAUUUAACGAAUUGUUUAACAGUAGAUGAUUUUAUUCAGCACAGAUGGGAGCCCGUACACAAGUGGUUAUGUUUGUAGAGAUUGUUGUGACAGUUUGAGAAUAAAGUAGGAUGCAGUUUGUUAAAUUGUAUUACAGCAAGUGAUAUAUAUCAUUCACCAUGUCCAAGUUUCAAGUCCAGGCAGUCCAAGUCUUUAAAAUUUACCUUGUUGAAAUCUAGUCAGAAAUCUUAUUCCAAGUCCAAAUAAAGUCCAGUUUUUAUUGAUGUUUCAAGACAUGGUACUUAAACAUUGUGUCAUUGUAGAGCUGUAACAAAUUAUGUAUUCUGAGAAGCUGGUGCAGGUCUGUUCAAGCAUCACAUCUGAUUAUUGUUAUAGGUAAUAUACAGCCACUCAUAAGACUAUCUUUACAAAAUUGUGUUGAGAAAAUAAGACAAUGGAUGAAUGAUUUUGACAACCCUACUGAGACAACAAGAGUCAGUGUUCAUUCUGGAAUUCAUUGACCCCUUCUCCCCAAAGUAAAAAUAGUUUUUGAGUUACUGUACAUAAUGCAUUUGAUUAUUUUUGAAUCUGUGAUCGAUUGGGAUAUAUGCUUGAACCUUAAGUAGCCUAACUAGUUUGGGGGGCUCCAGUUAAUGCAAUAGUGUGUCUCAGAGGUGCUAAAUAAUUUUGUGUAAUGGAUGGGAAAACAGUUGUUGGUUUGAGUGAUAUUUGGGGAAAACAGUUAUUGAUUAUGGAGGCAUUUAGGGAAAACAGCGGUUGAUUAUAGAUAUAUUUAAGGAAAACAACUGUUGGUAAUGGAGACAUUUAUUCUCAAAAGACAUUAUCUUACUGUAAUAAUGAUCAAGAGGAGUAAUGAGCCUUUUUAGCUGUUUAGAAUUACAUUACUGCAUUAUUGUAUUUGAGAAACUUUAGCCUCUUUGUGCUCCUAAACAGGUCCCAUGUGAGCAUGUCAAUAUACAGUACAGGUUGCGCUUAAAAAAUCCAAAGUGUUUGGGACCAAAAUCAUUUCGGAUAACUAAAAAUUUUUGGUAACUGGAAGAUCAUUAUAAAAGCCUUAAUAUUUCACUAAGCACAAUAUACUUGUAAAAUUCUGUAUGAUAAUUCUAAACUAAUAUAUAAUAUGUUUAACUGAUAUUAAACUAAGAUAAUAAAUAGGGGUGAUGGAUAACUGAUAUUGUACAGUAGUUUGGAUUUUUUAAGUUGCAGCCUAUGUGCUGUCUCUGCUGAAUAUUAACUGAUGCACUUGUGGUCUUAUUGUGAAGACACUUAUGGAUGGUGUGUAUAAUGUUGUCCUUAAGCCAUCACCAGUGAUUUAAGGAAUCAUGAGAUCCAAUGUUUUAUAAUACAGUAUAUCUAUUUUUUUUACAUUACAUAGCAAUUCUCAAAUAAAAUUUCACUCACGUUUGGACAAAAUCUUGUAUGAAGUUUACUGCAUUAUUCUUUGUCAAAUAAAAGAUUAUCUGUAAGCUUUAGCAGGAGUAAUAAAUAUGUAGGAAAUGUUUAUUUUUACAACCACUAAACAUGUAAUUUAUUUUAUUAUAUAUGUAACUUUGUACACCAUUGAUACAGUGGACAAAUACUGUAUGUAAUUUUGUUUAUUAAGGAUUUAAAGUGGACCUAGCUCGAGUCGUCAGGUCCAUUAUGCUUUAGGCCAAACUAAAGUAAUACCAAGUCUAUCAUGCUCAAGUCAAAGUCAGAGUCCAGGUGAAAAUUGGACACAGAUCUGGACUCGCGGACAACAACACCGAUAGAAGGCGUUUUAUUUUUAUAAUGUUGUAGCGAUGGUUUCAUUUGUGUGUCCAUGUAGCCUUAAUAUGUAUUGUGUAUUUCUGUGGAGCCAUAGACCUGUAUUUUAAGUUUCUCUGUAACCUUAGAUCUGUAUUGUAAAUUUUUCUGCAACUUUGGAUCUGUAUUGCAAGUUUUUUUCUGUAGCCUUACUGUAGAUCUGUAUGUUACCCUUCAAUUUACAGUUAAAACUUGUACAACGCUUUCUAGCAUUUAACCCCUUUGCUCUGUGAUGCUACUCUUAAUGUUUUAUUUGGUUAAUGCCACAUGAUUUUCCUCAGCACAAACAGACCCCGGUACAAUACACAAGGGUUAAAGGCCUACCUCCAGUCCAUUCAUUUCUCUCUAUUAUUAUUAUUGAUGAUUUCCAUAAAAUUAUAAAAAAGGUGAAUAAAAUAUGUUGAAGUACAAUUUUAGGAUAAAACUUUUCCUCUCGGACUUGUUGUUAUCCAAAGGUCAACGUGCACACUUGUUGAAAUCCACAAUGAUUAGAAUAAUGGGUAGAGUUGCUUUUUAUAUUGACUAUGGUGGUUUUUUAUGAUGUGAAUUUAUAUGCGAAUAAAACUAAAACAUGUACAGGGUAAUUAAUGUUAGGAUAUAAAAUAUACAGUGACAGUUGUAA